UCGCGAGACUGAGGUGACGUCAUCGUUCCGUCCCGGAAAUCUUUUCAUACUAAAUCAGCAUAAUGGCCGUCGACAAAAUCAUCCAUUUAUCCACAUACCGCUCGCUUAUCUCCGGAGCUUUUCACCGGUCACUAUAGCCACACGCCCCGAAGUCUCCGUUUUCGCAGCGUUCCUCCUAUGGCCUGGCUGGUUGCCCCACCCACAAUGCACUGCCAGACGACUUGUGUCCCAGCUGACCUGCUGUAACCCCAGCCUUCCCAUCCAUCCGGUCCACAGUACAUGAACACAGCUCGAUGCGAUGAGCCCAUCCUCCUCCAUUGCAACUCUAAUCACAAGAACUCACUGAACUUUGCUCCUCAUAGUACCGAAGCCAUGUCUGGUUCAGGUGACUUACCUGCUCUCGAAGGGCCUGGGAUGGCCGGGAUGAAGCUCCCCAUCGGUAUGACCCGCCGGGCGCUCAGCUACGAUGACAACCUGGAGGCGCCCAUGUCGACACCCCCACACGACAUUAACAUCACCAACUUGUGGAGGCGCCCCGUCGUGCCCGAGAGGAAGUUCAACCUCUUGGCUGAGGAGGACGAAGGUGUUCCGGUGUGUCAGUCAAACAUGUUGGAGGGCGCCCCCUCCAGGUCCACAAGUGUGGUGAAGACCAAGGCUUCCUCUCUCAUCCUCAACUCUCUCAUCACCAAGCAGACUCACGACAGCAUGUACAAGUUUGAGCAGAAAGCGGGCCUCAGCGACACUGGUUACACUCCCCAUAAAGGCCUCACGGCAGAGGAGACGAAAUAUCACCACCGCAUGCCCGAAUCCUUCCAGAAAAUGCAGCUUCAGAGCCUGGAGGCCCGGGAGGAGCGCCAGAACUCAUCAGCCCAGUCCACGCCAUCCACCACUCCGCACACCUCCCCAAAACAGCAACGCAGGAGCUGGUUCAAUAGCACCAGUUCGGACGUCAGUGUGAGCUCCUCCAACAGCAGCGUGGAUCUGGUGGGAGGCGACGGAGGAGGAGGAGGGAUGCUGGAGCGCUGGGGCACGUUUGGGCCACGACCGCUCGCGCACAAGUCCACCUCCGAUCUGGGCAGCGAUCCUUCAACACAAGCAGGCUUUGCACUGCAGGCGUACCGCGGCGUCCACAAGCCCAGUGCCGCGGAGGUCAUGAAGUCACAGGCGACCGGCCGGUUGGCCGACGUGCCCGACGCCCAGAGGGCAGCCGCCCCGCCCAAGAUGGAGAUCCCAACGGUGGACGGGCGGCGGCAGGGCGCUCGCCCGCACAAGCUCAAACCCCGCGACAUGAACGUCUUGACGCCCUCCGGCUUUUAGACGACGCCGGCCGUCACGUUGCCCGAUCGCCUGCCGCUCCGAUGAGGUCACGGUUUGCCUUUUCGCGGCUUUCAAUCCGCUACGUUCCAUCUCAAAAUGGCAGCGCCGAGGUAGAGUGGAAAUCCCAAUUCGCAGCAUCAUCAGUGAUUGACUCAAACCAUUUUUUUGUAGCUUUUUAAAUAUUCCUCACAGCACAGAGGAGUGAACCACCGUGUCAUGAAACCAAAAUGCAGUCCAGCUAUUCUUCAAAAUGGCGAACAAGGAGGCGUUGGUCCAGUGAUGCUGUCACCUCAUGGUGAUUUUGAGUUGCAAGUAUCUGUCAAACAGUUGGAUAGUCUUUUUUUUUU